UAAAGAUUCACUCAGUCAAAGAGUUUCAAAUGUGAAAUGUUGAUUGACAUGAGGACACAUUUCCACUCAAAAUCUCUCUGCCACAAACGCCUGCGAUAUUACAUGCCGAAGAACAGUCUGAACAAGGGAUUUUUGAGCAACAUCACAUAAACUACUUAUUUUAAAGUACAAAAGUGACCACAAAAUGAGGGGCGUCGUGACAGUAUGCUGUUUGAGUUUACUUCUGUGCCUAGUGGCUGUAGUUGAGGGGGGUGAGGACCACCCUGAAGAUGAUGAGAUGAUCCUGUCCCUAAUUCUGCAGGAUGACACCCAGCCUGAAGCAGACAGCAGACCCUCUGCCCAGUUUUACAGGUGCUCUAAGGACGCGUGGUGCAUGCCAGGUCAAUAUAUAGUGGUGAUGCGGAACGGGACGCACGUGAACCAGGUGGAGCGCACAGCACGCAGACUCCGCGCAAAUGCCGCAAAGCGUGGAUACCUGAUCGAAAUAAUUCAGACCUAUUCUGGAGCCUUCCACGGGUUUUUGGUGAAAAUGAGCAGUGAUGUUCUUCACAUGGCAGUAAAGUUGCCCCAUGUGGAAUACAUUGAAGAGGAUUCCUCAAUCUUUGCUCAGAGCAUCCCUUGGAACCUGGAGCGCAUCAUUCCAAACAAACAUGAGACUGGAAAAUACUCACCACUCAAUGAUGGUGCACAGGUGGCAGUGUAUCUCAUGGACACAAGCAUUCAAGUGGGUCAUCGUGAGAUUGAGGGCAGAGUGAUGGUGACCGACUUUAACAGCGUGCCAGAGGAGGAUGGGGUCAGGAUUCACAGGCAGGCUAGUCAGUGUGACAGUCAUGGUACGCACAUAGCAGGCGUGGUGAGUGGGCGGGACUCGGGUGUGGCUCGAGGUGCCAGUGUAAACAGCGUUCGAGUUCUGAACUGCCAAGGCAAGGGUACCAUAUCGGGAGCUUUGGCAGGUCUGGAGUAUAUUCAGUCAUCUCUGAGGGCCCAGCCUAUGAGACCUGUGAUCCUACUGCUGCCAUUUGUGGGAGGAUUCAGUCGUACCCUUAAUGCUGCCUGCAGGAAAAUGGUUGAAUUGGGCUCAGUGCUUAUUGCUGCAGCUGGUAACUAUAAUGAUGAUGCCUGCCUGUAUUCACCAGCUUCAGAGCCUGAGGUGAUAACUGUAGGGGCAGUUAAUUUUGCUGAUCAGCCGCUUAGCACAGGGACGACCGGUACUAAUGUUGGUCGUUGUGUGGAUGUGUUCGCGCCUGGUGAUGACAUCAUCAGUGCAUCCAGUGAUUGCCCCACCUGCUUCACCACAAAGAGCGGAACUUCACAGGCAGCGGCACAUGUUGCUGGUAUAGCUGCGGUGCUCCUGAAUCUUAGUCCAAAGUCCAGCUCUGCUGAGGUUCUGCAACAGCUCCUCUAUCAUUCACUGAAACAGGUCAUUAACCCAGAGUCUCUGCCCCAGUACCACCGUCUCACUACACCCAACAUGGUGGUCGCCCUGCCUGACCCAGCCUCCACCCUCACAGGGGAGGAGCUUCUCUGUCGCUCCAUUUGGUCUGAGAGGUCAAGGGCUGUAAGUUUUGAAACAGCUGGUGCCCGCUGUCGGCCCGGUGAAGAGAUGAUGAGCUGUUCUACUUUCUCAUCAAACGGUGUGCGAGCUGGAGAGAGAAUAGAGGAGAGAGAUGGACAGAAAGAGUGUGUUGCUGUCAAUGGGAAUGGAGGGCAAGGUGUGUAUGCUGUAGCUCGCUGCUGCACAGGGCAUAAGGGUCAUUGCCAGAUUUGGGAGAGUCCUCAGAAGGGAAUGGAUGCAGAAUGUCCUAGCACAGACCAACAGCUAACAGGCUGCAGUUUUUUCUCAGAAUCUGGAGACAUAUCGGCCUCUGAUCGACCUCUACAUGGCAGUCGCAGGGCAUGUCCUGCUAGAAGGGGUGUGAUGUCAUAUGCCACCUGUUGCCACGCCUCCACUCUGGAGUGCCGGCUGAAAGAACACGACCCCACGGGUUUCAGCAAGCAGGUGGAGGUUUCAUGUGAGGGUUCAUGGACACUAACAGGGUGUGAGGCUCUGACACGUGAUUGUGUCACUCAUGGUGCAUACGCUCUUGGAAACACCUGUGUAGUUAAUACAUCUGGAGGAGACAGAGGAGCUUCGGCAAUCGCCACCUGCUGCAGGCUCCGCCCCUCCCAGCAGCAGCUAUCAACAGCAUGACCACUGAUGACCACCCUGAUGUUUGAAAGGAUAUGCAUGUUUAUAAACCAGCUUCCAAUUCUGUUUUGCCAACACAUAACCAAGGACAUAACUGUUAUAACCAAGGACAUAAAAGUUAACUUCAACAAAAGCUAUAGUUAAGAAGCUAAAGUUUAGCUAAAUUACUAUUAUGCA